AGGUUCCGCAGGCAGAGUCGGCUCCCCCUACCCCUUUCUCUCGGUGUUCCUCCCUGCCCACCCUUGCUUCCAGCCAACUCGGUGGGAUCUCUGCAAUUCAAGAUCGGAACCGCCUUUCUCCUCCCGGGGCCUUUUCAUCUGUCCGCGCCUCCGCCCGCCCCGCCCCCGGAAGUGACGACAGCCGCUGGGUCCCGCUGGUGUCCCGUCGGUCUCCGCGGCAGCGGCGGGAAGAUGGCGGCGGCGGGAUCCCUGGAACGGAGCUUCGUGGAGCUCAGCGGUGCUGAGCGCGAAAGGCCAAGGCACUUUCGGGAAUUCACAGUUUGCAGCGUUGGGACUGCAAAUGUCUUGACCGGAACCGUGAAAUACAGUGAGAGCGCGGGAGGCUUCUACUAUGUGGAAAGUGGCAAGUUGUUAUCCGUCACCAGAAACAGGUUCAUUCAUUGGAAGACCUCCGGAGAUGCACUGGAGCUCGUGGAAGAGUCACUGGACAUAAACCUGUUGAAUAAUGCAGUUCGCCUCAGGUUUCAAAAUUGCAGCCUCUUGCCCGGAGGGGUCCAUGUCUGUGAGACUCAGACUCACGUGACAAUCUUGAUACUAACCAAUCAGACGGUGCACAGGCUGCUUUUGCCUCACCCUUCCCGGAUGUACAGGAGUGAGUUGGCGGUGGAAGGUCAGAUGCAAUCGAUAUUCACUGACAUUGGAAAAGUUGACUUCAGGGAUCCUUGCAACUAUCAGUUAAUUCCAGCCGUCCCUGGCCUCCCCCCUAACUCUACCACCUCAGCAGCCUGGCUGAGCAGUGAAGGGGAGGCCCUGUUUGCUCUGCCGUCUGCUGCUGGGGGGAUCUUUAUUCUUAAACUACCUCCUUACGACAUACCUGGGAUGGUGUCCGUUGUGGAACUGAAGCAGAGUUCAGUGAUGCAGCGAUUGCUUGUAGGCUGGAUGCCAACAGCUAUCAGAGGAGAUCAGGGGCCUUCAGAUCGUCCCCUCAGUCUUGCUGUUCACUGUGUCGAGAACGACGCCUUCAUCUUUGCUCUGUGCCAGGACCACAAGCUGCGCAUGUGGUCGUAUAAGGACCAAAUGUGCCUGAUGGUGGCCAACAUGCUGGAGUAUGUCCCUGUGAAAAAGGACCUUCAGCUCACUGCCGGGACUGGACACAAGUUACGACUUGCUUAUUCCCCGUCCAUGGGAAUGUAUCUAGGGGUUUACAUGCACGCACCGAAGCGAGGACAGUUUUGCGUCUUCCAACUGGUGAGCGCUGAGAAUAACCGCUACAGUCUAGAUCACAUUUCCUCCCUGUUCACGUCUCAGGAAACACUCAUCGACUUUGCUUUAACCUCGACGGAUAUCUGGGCCCUGUGGCAUGAUGCUGAGAACCGAACGGUUGUGAAGUACAUCAACUUUGAACAUAACGUUGCAGGCCAGUGGAAUCCAGUUUUUAUGCAGCCUCGGCCAGAGGAACAGAUCAUUAUCAGAGAUGAUCAAGACCCCAGAGAGAUGUAUUUGCAGAGUCUGUUUACACCAGGACAGUUCAUAAAUGCAGCUUUGUGUAAAGCUUUACAGAUUUUCUGUCAAGGAACUGAGAGGAAUUUAGAUCUUUCCUGGAGUGAACUAAAGAAAGAAGUUACUUUAGCUGUUGAAAGUGAGCUCCAAGGAAGUGUAACAGAGUAUGAGUUUUCUCAGGAGCAGUUUCGAAAUUUACAGCAGGAAUUCUGGUGCAAGUUCUAUGGCUGCUGUGUUCAGUAUCAAGUGGCCCUCUCUCACCCGCUCGCCCUGCACCUGAACCCGCACACGAACACGGUGUGCCUGCUGAAAAAGGGGUACCUGUCUUUCCUUAUGCCUUCCUCCUUAGUGGAUCACUUGUAUCUACUGCCUGAUGAGAACCUCUUGACAGAGGAUGAGACGACCAUAUCUGAUGAUGUGGAUGUUGCUCGGGAUGUCAUCUGUCUUAUAAAAUGCCUUCGUCUGAUUGGAGAGUCAGUGACUAUGGAUAUGUCAGUAAUGAUGGAAAUGAGUUGUUUCAACCUACAGUCUCCAGAAAAGGCUGCAGAGCAGAUUUUGGAAGAUUUGAUCACUAUUGAUGUAGAAAAUGUCAUGGAGGACGUUUGCAGUAAACUGCAAGAGAUUAGGAACCCAGUGCAUGCCAUUGGGCUUCUCAUACGGGAAAUGGACUAUGAAACAGAGGUGGAAGUGGAAAAGGGGUUCGAUCCAGCUCAGCCUUUGAAUGUUCGAAUGAAUCUUUCCCAGCUCUAUGGUAGUAGAACAGCAGGGUAUAUCAUGUGCAGAGGUGUGUAUAAAAUUGCCAGUACUCGCUUCCUCAUCUGCCGAGACCUUCUGAUCUUACAGCAGCUGUUAAUGAGGCUAGGAGAUGCAGUGAUUUUGGGAGCCGGUCAGCUCUUCCAGGCACAGCAGGACCUGCUCCAUCGAACAGCUCCCCUGCUCUUGUCGUACCACCUCAUCAAGUGGGGAAGUCAGUGCUUGGCAACUGAUGUUCCAGUUGACACACUGGAGUCUAACCUCCAACACUUAUCAGUACUGGAACUGACUGACUCUAGUGCUUUAAUGGCGAAUAAAUUUGUAUCUAGCCCUCAGACAAUUGUGGAAUUAUUCUUCCAAGAAGUUGCAAGAAAACACAUUAUAUCUCAUCUCUUCUCUCAACCAAAGGCACCUCUGAGCCAGACUGGGUUGAACUGGCCUGAGAUGAUUACUGCAAUUACCGGUUAUUUAUUGCAGCUCUUGUGGCCUAGCAAUCCCAGUUGCCUCUUUCUAGAAUGUUUGAUGGGAAAUUGUCAGUAUGUACAAUUGCAGGAUUAUAUUCAACUGCUUCAUCCCUGGUGUCAAGUCAAUGUUGGUUCCCGCCGAUUUAUGCUGGGACGGUGUUACCUGGUUACAGGAGAGGGCCAGAAGGCCCUGGAAUGUUUCUGCCAGGCAGCGUCUGAAGUGGGCAAAGAGGAAUUUUUGGAUCGCCUGAUCCGGUCAGAGGAUGGGGAGAUAGUCUCCACCCCCCGCCUGCAGUAUUACGACAAGGUUUUGCGCCUACUCGAUGUUGUUGGUUUGCCUGAACUAGUUAUUCAGUUGGCUACGUCAGCAGUAACUGAAGCAGGGGAUGACUGGAAGAGUCAGGCCACUUUAAGGACAUGCAUUUUCAAACAUCAUUUGGAUUUGGGUCACAAUAGCCAAGCGUAUGAAGCUUUAACCCAAAUUCCUGACUCCAGCAGGCAGUUAGACUGUUUACGGCAGCUGGUGGUCGUUCUUUGUGAACGCUCGCAGCUGCAGGAUCUUGUCGAGUUUCCCUAUGUCAAUCUGCAUAAUGAGGUUGUGGGAAUAAUUGAAUCACGGGCCAGGGCUGUGGACCUCAUGACUCAUAAUUACUACGAGCUUCUCUAUGCCUUUCACAUCUAUCGCCACAACUACCGGAAGGCCGGCACAGCGAUGUUUGAGUACGGAAUGCGUCUCGGCAGAGAGGUUCGAACUCUCCGGGGACUUGAGAAGCAAGGCAACUGUUAUCUGGCUGCUAUUAACUGUUUACGACUUAUUCGCCCGGAAUACGCAUGGAUUGUGCAGCCAGCAUCUGGUGCAGUGUAUGACCGCCCUGGCGCGUCCCCUAAGAGGAACCAUGAUGGAGAGUGCACCGCCGCCCCAGCAAAUCGGCAGAUUGAAAUCCUGGACCUGGAAGACCUAGAGAAAGAGUGCAUCCUGGCUCGCGUUCGCCUGGCGCUGGCUCAGCACGAGCCGUCGGCAGUCGCUGUUGCAGGAAGCUCGUCAGCAGAGGAGAUGGUCACUCUCCUGGUUCAAGCCGGCCUUUUCGACACCGCCAUAUCACUCUGUCAGACGUUUAAGCUUCCCUUAACGCCAGUCUUUGAGGGGCUUGCUUUCAAGUGCAUCAAGUUGCAGUUAGGAGGAGAGGCAGCACAAGCAGAAGCCUGGGCCUGGCUAGCAGCCAAUCAGCUCUCAUCAGUCAUCACCACAAAGGAAUCCAGUGCCACAGAUGAAGCGUGGCGACUGUUGUCCACGUACCUAGAAAGGCACAAAGUCCAGAAUAACCUGUACCACCACUGCGUGAUCAACAAGCUCCUGUCUCACGGAGUGCCUCUGCCUAGCUGGCUCAUAAACAGUUACAAGAAGGUCGAUGCCGCUGAGUUGCUCCGUCUGUACUUAAACUAUGACCUUUUGGAAGAAGCUGUGGAUUUGGUAUCAGAAUAUGUGGAUGCUGUUCUGGGAAAAGGACACCAGUACUUUGGAAUUGAGUUUCCACUGUCUGCAACUGCUCCAAUGGUGUGGCUCCCAUACUCUUCCAUUGAUCAGCUUCUCCAAGUGCUGGGAGAGAACAGUGCCAACAGUCACAACAUCGCACUGUCUCAGAAAAUACUGGACAAAUUGGAGGACUACCAGCAAAAAGUUGACAAGGCAACCCGGGAUUUAUUAUAUCGUCGGAACUUGUGAUCCAGAUGGUUGCCCAGCCUUUGUAACCGCUUGGUGCCUCUUUGGGCUGAAGACUUUACUCUACAGGAGCCCUGUACUCCAGGCUGACUUUUACACCUGUAGAUGAGGUGUACAGCAUUUGAGUCUGCAUUCCACGCAAGAGGAGGAGGGCAGAUGAGGCACAGGACCUGUGCUUGCUGGCGGUGCUAACACAGUUUCUGGUUUCAAACUUGGUCUCAAACAGCUGCUUUUGUAUAUGAUUCACAAGCUUUUUUAGAGUUUAUAUUUUUUUAAACUACCGAAGACAUUCUUUAUCUGCAAAUUAAAACCCACCUACACUUCCGACAAUGGGUGAUGGUUGUUGGUUUGUUGUAGCUGACCACCAAACACAGUCACUGUAAAUCCUUUCAUCCUUCCCUCUCACGUUUUGUAUUUCAAUGGAAUUAUUUUGGUCCAGAAUUGACAUGUAUUUUCUGUAUUGCAGAGGCUAAUGAUUUUACGUACACUUUCCAUUAUUUAUUGUGGAGUUUUUGUAUGAUCUUCAAUAAAGUAUUAAAUAACUUGCCUAAA